UUAAGAACUUGAUAUUGUAAGAUUUUAAAUAACGUUUAUUAGAUAAAAGUAUAAGUGUUUAUUAAAUAGAAGUUAAAUUAAAAAUCCUCUAAAAUGUUCGAAAUUAAUAGAAAGGAUUAUUCAGGAUUAUUGAAAAAACGAAUGCUCGUAGCUCUAAUAUGCAACAUCGCAUUACAAUUCAUUCUCCUGUGCAGUUUGAUUUUUAUUAUAAAUUUAAAUUUAAAUAUUACGUUAUGGAUGCAGAAUACAUGGGAUUCUAUAUUAUCCUUAAAAUUGCGAAUAUAUUUUUUAAUAUUCGUUGGACUUCUACAAGGGAUUAUAUAUUGCAAUUAUUAUUUACAUCGUCAGCCUUACAUAAAGAAUAGAUUUGAGAAACUUCAACAUAUCUUUACCAGCCAAUAUUUAUUAAGAGGUAUACUUAGCGUUCUAAUGGGUUGUAAUGUUGUAUGGUUACACUUGUCGUUGAAGAAAGGUAAUCAUAAUUUAUUGAUCGACAAUUGUAAUAUACUCUAUGGAUCAUGCCUGAUAGAAGAACAUUAUUUUCUAAUCAUUGGAGGAUUAUGGACUGGAUUUUAUGUCUUCCUGACUACAGCUUGGUCUAAUCAACGAUAUUUUCAUUUUAAUAUAAUACCAUUGACUAAAUUCUCGAAAUUUAAAACAGGUAUUUGUACAAUAUUAUCAACAUUAACAUACAUCUCGUUCUGGCCUGUUAUUUAUUUCAUGAUUGGAUAUUAUCUAAUGGGAUCCUAUAUGCGUGAAUUUAUACUAUCCAUCACAUCUGCACAAAUAGAAGUAAAGCCAUUGGAUAGCUUAUCAAGAUUGUUAAGUAUAUCUCUAAUAUUCUAUUUGUUGGCAUAUCAAUCGGUUUUGAUAUUUGUUAGUAAGACGACAACAUUGUUAUUGGAAAUAUUUCUAACCGAAUGGAUACCCUUAGAAAUUCAACAAGCUAAUGUCUUUAAUAAUAAUGUCUCUAUGAUAACAUUGGCUGACGUUUUAUCCUCUGAUGAUAUACCAAUGGUACAGCAUUUAGCAUAUUUGGAUCUUGUUACUUUGGCUGUUAAACAGAAGACAAGAAGAAAAAUAUUAUUUACUUUAAGUCAACCUGGCGGUCAUCCUUAUAAUUGGAAUUGCGUUAUCGAAAAAGUAUUGAACUUCAUCAAUGGAUUUACUAAUAAGCUCAAUGCAAUUACCAAUAAACACAAGGAACAUUUCUUAUCUUCUAAUUCGAUGCUUACUUCAUUAAAUGCAUCUAAUUUGUCUGCUUUUAAAAGUGAUUACACUUAUAAUAUGCGUAAAUUGGCAGCAGAGACAGUACCAUCUAUAAACAAUAGUGAUGACUCCAAACCGCCAGAAGUUAAAUGGUUGACGUACAAAUAUUUCCUACACAAAAAGGAUACAAUGAUAUCGUAUUUACUUUCUAAACCACUUAUUUAUUACAUCUUCGGUGAACAAGAAGAUUUCAAGGUUGAAUAUGCCUUACUUAACGCACAAUCUGUAAUAUGGGCGAUCGAAGCUGUUUCUUCUUUGGCAAUUAUAUCUUUGAAAGAAGAUUCAUAUGGUAUUGUACAAAAAGAUCUUCCAACUAUAUUUAAUACGCUGUUAGCAUUAAAGGUUAGUGUAGAUAGGUUACAUAAAUCUAAUGUGUUAAAUAAGAAACCUCACAAUAGCGAUAAAUCGAGCGCCAAACUGAUAUUUAAUUCUCUGAGAAGUGAGAGUAAAAGAAGUUUGUACAGAAUAACUAUAGGAUUUCAAAGUUACAUCAACGAUUUGUCUCUUGAUCCUAUGAUCGUAGAACAAUUACAGUCUUUUCUUAAUUACAAGGAAUAAACUAUGAUUAAAUAAUAAU